CUCCACAUUUAUAUUGAUUCAUAAAAUUACAUAAACAAAAUCCAAUUCAUCCAUUAAUUAACUUUAAAACUGCUCCAGCUUAUAGCAUUGCUAAAUAUUUAGACUCUCAUUUAUUCAUUUUUUAUUUUUAUACAUACAUUUUUUAUUUACAUAUUUAUUUACUAUACAAAAUAAUUAUGAAAACAAUUAAAUAUUUACUUAAUAGCUUCAUCGAUUAGAUCUUUUAGUUGUUGAGGCACUACAGAAUGUACACUUAAAGUGUAAGGGCAACUGACUCUAGGGUUUUCUGCUGCAUAUACUUUCCAACCUUCCAUAACACUAUCAAUCAGUGCACAAUGCAGUUCUGAAUAUAGCACUAAAUCGUUAUUAUUUUUUACACAAAGUGGAGCAAAAAAACACCAUCUGAACAAACCCAAAAAAGGUAGUGUAGCUGCCAUUGGAAUUGCACCACUAGGCAAUGCACGUUGUAAAUCUGUGUAGUGUGCAGUGAAACAUAGACGAGUAUCAGAAUUAAUCCACCGUACAAUUAUUUCUAAUACAACACGAGGUGGCUCUUUGAUGCUAAUAUCCAUAGUUUCUGUAAUUCAAUAAAACAAAUAAUUUCACAUUAAUUAAAAUUAACUUAGGAUAAAUAUAGUUAUAUUUCUUAAUAAUUAAUUAUAGGUGUUAAGUAGUAACAAGGAUGGACUGGGAAGACAUUUUGGCCCAAGAAAUCCAUAAUAAUUAACUAAUAUCUUUUCUUUAUCUCAAAAUCCCAGUACGUACCUAGUGUUGAUAACAAAAAAUGAUUCAAUACAUUAUUAUACAUAAAUAAUAAAUAUUUGUAUUAUUACUUUUAUUAAAAUAAAGUUCUGAUAAAGAAGUCAUCAGAUUGGCUGUGAAUAGUGGAGCAUUCUGAGGUAAUAAGUGCAAUGAUGGGUUUUUUGCAUCUAUGAAUGUAAAAAAUCUUUUUACAAGUCCAUCAGCUAAUUGUGAGCUGUAUUUCGAUGAACAUCCUAAUUGUUGCAUUUGUAUACCGGCAGAUUGAAGUAUAAGAUUACUGUAGGUAGAUAUAGCCAAUGAUAUCAGGCUUAUUAGCAUAUUUGUUCGUAAAGGAGGUGCGCCAAAUUGAGGGAAAAGAGUCAUAAAAAUUGCAUUCAGUGCAGUGUCUCCACAACAAUUGUCAUUAUCUGGUUUAAUUUUUGGCUUAUUAAAAUAAUCACAAAUCAUUACAAGUAGUUCUAAGUGUCUAAUACGAGACAUUGGCUGUUAAUCAAAAAAUAAAAAAUAUAGAUGACUUGAUAUUUAAUUCGAUAAAAUGUUUAAUAAGUACUGUUAUACAACCUUAGUAGGUUUUCCCUCUUCAUUUGUUUCACAAAAUACAAAUUCUGAUAUCAAAUCCAUUGCAAGAUCUUCAUUUAAAUGUUGUUUCCUAGUUGUUUCACCAUUUAUAAUGGAUUCUAGUUUUUUAAAAAAUAAAUUACUUUCAACAAGAACUAUUAUUAAUUUAUACAAGUUUAAACAUAAAAAUAUAUUUAUUUAAAUUAUUUAUAAUUUUAUAAUUGAUAAAUUUUAAUACUCACGUAUUUGAUUUAAUGCAUUUUCAGUUGAAAGAGGAAAGGCGAAUUUCCUCAAAUUAACUUUCACUUCAUUAAAAUCCAUUUUUAUUCUAUUUCAAGAAUUUAAGGUUUGAUAUAAAAUACCUAUACUAGAAUAUGACACAGUUUAUAACUAUAGUUGUACAUUUAUUUAAAUAUAUUAAAAACAAAUAACAUAUAAUCAAUCAAUUUGUAAUUUUUUUUUUUUUCAUUACCUAUUUCCCUAUUUGUUUAGUAUUAAUCAAAUAAAAAUUCUUAUGUUUUUUUUUUUUUUAAAUUUUUUUUAAUUAGUUUUAUCAUUAUGUUUAUUGUUUAUUGCUUAUGAAAAUUACGUUACGAGACGGAUGUUCCACUAGCAAUAUUUGAUAAGAAAACCCAGUGGUUCCCAUAUUUGACUAUAUCAUAAUAAGAAAUAAGAAUGUCCCACUCAUGAUAGACAUAUCGCAUUGAUAAAAUAUACGAUAUAGUGUAUGGUAUUUGCCUAUCCUAACAAUACGUUUUUAUCAAAUCGGAACAUUAUUUUCGAAAGUACCUUUAGGUACAAAAUUUUUUCUGACGUGAUCCGGGAUCAGGGGUUGAUCCAGUGAAGGAAAUUAGGGACCGAGGCCCCACCCAAGACACAUUAUUUUUCCAAUUUUUUUUUUCGUAAUUCUAUAGAUCUUGAAUAUUACUACCUAUAUUCCAAUCGGUAAUCGGUUAAAAAGUCCGGGGACAAAAGUCCGAAAAUACAAAAUAUUCUAUUAAAUUUUCAUUUAUAAUUAUUAAUUUUAUAAUUUAUUAUAUAGGUAUAUAAACAAAUGUGUAUCAAACAAAAGUCAAAAAUCAUUUAAUAUAAAUAUAAAUAAAAAUAGUCACGGUUUUGUUGCUUAAAUAACAGCUUGUUCGAUAUCCAUGUUCAUAAUCCGAAGAUCGGGAUGAACAUUGUUGAUCAAUGUAGGUAACGUUUAUUUUAAAAAUCGGUUCGCAGUAGUAGCUGCACACCGAGUUGCAUUGCAUUUCUCACUCGUCAACCAUGCGUAUUUUAUACAAGCGUCAGUGUUGCGCACUGGUUGGUGUAUGCACAUUGCAACUGUUUUUACUUUGGGAGCAAUAAUAUUAUGUUCACGACAUAGGUAAUAGUUCUUUACCGAAAAAUAAUUUUGAAUAAUUUUUUUUUUUAUGGCAUCUAUAUUAUAAUAGUUCAUGUUAAAAUUUGAAGCACACAAAUUUGAAUUCAAUCUAUGAUAACAGAUAUGGUAUAAAUUUGAUAUAAUUAUUAAGUGAUAACGCAACCAACAAUUUUGCUGCAAAGAUACUCGUACAGUUUGGAGUAAAAAUUGUUGAUUAAUUAUCUGGUGAAAAAUGUUUAUAUCCGACAACUAAGACUCAAUUAGAAGAUUUAAGAAACACAGAUUUCCAUUCAAAUAAUAAGGUACAGGUGGUAUGUACACCUGCUUAUUGAUAUAGAAAAAAUUAAACCUAGAGCUUUUCUCGAGUCAGCAUUUGACCCAUAACAAUAUUUCUCCAGUGACAAAAAUCACGAAACCAUUCCACCAUCGGCAGGAACUCGGUCAAGAGCAGAGGCCUGUCGACGUGACGGGCCGCCGCUCCAAUUGCACGAGAUAGCGUGGGCUCCCGCCAUCCCGUGGAUCAGCAUUUGUAUCACUGGUAAAAUGCUCGACCAGGAGCAUCGUCAUGCCGUAACCCUCCGCUGUCAGUCUACCCGGAUUGGGGAGCGUUCCCGAGCUCUGGGUGGGCUCUUGAUAUACGUAAUAUCAAUUUUAUGAAUUUUUUGUAUUUUUAAUUUUGUUCAUAGAUAGCUGGUACAUAUAUUCUGUACCUGUGAUCUUAUAUUAGUUGAUAAGAUUUUUUUAUUCCAAUGUUGCCAUAUAAGAAACGAUGAAAGUAAAAUUAACGAACCCAGUUUUAUCAAUAUUGUAGCAUUUUCGAUACACUUUGUAGCAGUCUGCGCUACGGAUCAUGAUAACUUUGUAGUUUGUAAUGGUCGUUUAAUUUUCUCACAAUAAUAUGUACUUAAUUUUUCUAUUACAAUAGAAAUUUGUUAAAUCGUUAUUAUCUAGACAAUAAUCACGAUUACUUAAUUUUCUUAUUUCAUGCGUUAUUUUUAAUAACUAUUUGUAUAAUUCAUAAGUGUUUUCAGUGUUCUAAUUAAGUAAUCCAGAAUAUAUGCUUAUUUUUUUUAUUGCAUCUGGUAGCAGCUAAUCGUCUAGUUUGUUACAAAAAAUGCUCGUAAAUCAGUGUCUAUUGACUGUUGCGACAUUUUGUUGCUUGUACCAAUCCAAUAUCAUUGUUACUGCUAAAUCAAAAACUGGUGUGUAUUAUACGGAUAAUGGGGUACAGACCAUUAAGCAGGACCUCAUAUCAGUUGAAGAACGCAAUGAAAUAGAACAGGAAAUACUCACCAUGUUUGGUGUGCCAAAAAAGCCAAGAAGGUUUCCAAAAAAUCUAGAAGGUUCAGCGCCACAGUUUAUGUUUGAUGUAUACCAAUCUUUACAGCACGAAGGAUUACAUGACAGAAAAACUAGAAGUGUUUCUGAAAUUGGUCAAUAUGAUGACCGUACUGUUCAAGAAAGUGAUAUUAUUAUCACAUUAUAUCUAUCAAACCAUUGUAAGUAUAAUUACCAACACAGAUUCUUAAAGACUAGUUUUUAUAACAGCCCUAUUUGCCUAUCCUUUAAUAAGAUAAAAUUAUCAAUUUUAUUGUUUAUGUAUCAACCCAAGCAUUAGCAAAACAGUAAUAUAUAUAAACUGUAUGUUAAAAUAAUUUUGAUGUUGGAUAUUUUGUUUCAUUCUUCUUUUCUUAAAGUAACAUUGAACCUUAUUUAUUAUUAUUUAAAAUAUUAGUGUUUUAACAUAACUAUAGGUAUAUUGGUUUAUAAAUAUUAAAAACAAAACUAUUUUAGCUUUGUAUUGUUUAAUUUAUUUUCAGCUCCAAUGAGUAAUGUACGCCAUGAACAUGGAAAACAAAUUUUAUUUGAAUUAAACGAUGUUCCAUCAGAAGAAAGUCAUAUAAUUACAUCAGCUGAAGUUCAUUUAUACCAAUCUGGUACUUUAAAUAGUAUUAAAAACUAUUCAGUGACUUUAUAUAAAGUUUUAAUUUUAAACAGCGGGUAAGUUGUAUUAUUGUAAUAUAUAAAUUAUUACCUACUUGACUGCAAAGAGGGUAUAGUGUACUGUUUCAGUUUCGUGUAUGUGUGUAUGUAUGUAUGUAUUUAUUUAUCUGUAUGAAUUUCUAUAUUCCACCGUAGUGUCUAUUAAAAAUUAAUGGGGUGGUUGUAAAUAAUCAAAACAUAAAUUUUAUUAUAUCUGUACUACUGGUUAAAUAUGCUAGAAAAAUCCUCUUGUGUUUUGUAAAUAUGUUGGCACAGUGUCAUUCACAAGAUAUACCAGCUCGGUCUCAGGUUUGAAUCUCUAACACAUUAAUAUAUUAUUUAUGCAACAACUUAUUACGAAAACACAUAUUUUUGAGUUUUCACCACCAAUUAAAUAUACAAAAAUUAAAAAAAAAAAAAACAUUUACGCAUGAUACUAAAACAUACUCUAAAAAUACCAAAAAAUAAAUAAAAUUAAAAACCAUACUGUGGAAAAGCAAACAAAAUAAAUAGAAACAAUAUGAAUUAGAAGAUGCAAAUUUGGACUGAUACCUCCAAUUGCAUGUUAUAAAUCAAGGUUAGAUACUAGCCUGAUUAAGCAUAAUUUGUCUAUUGCUUAUUAUUUUAAUCUAUUUUGUUUUGUUUCCAUUUCCACAUUUUGAUUGUUGAUUUUUUUCAUUUAACAGAGAAAAAGAAUUGGAAUAUGUAGAUUCUCAAAACACUACUACAGAUUAUGAAGGAUGGUUACGGUUUAAUACGACAGGAGUUUUGACAUCAUGGAUUCAUUCAUAUCCUAACAGUGGGCUGUAUGUCUCUGUUCAUUCACUUGGCAAUGAAGGUAAGUCAUGUAAUUCAUAAUUACUAAAUGGGUUUUGAACAGAAUUUAAUACUCUGAACAAUGCACAUUAUUGUAAAUUUCAAUCUUAUCAUCUCUAAUUAUUACUAAUCAAUAAAUAUAUUUGUUUGAUUUUUUCAUUGUUUGAUAAAUAUAAAUAAACUUUCAAUUUUAAAAAUAAUAUUGUUAGAUCACGAAGUUAAACCAGAGGAAAUUGGUAUGGUUACUUGGGCAAAUAAAAACCAGUUGUCUGAAUCAAAAAAACCAUUCAUGGUAGUUUACUUAAAAUCUAGAAAUGAUGGAGUGAUAAUUGGCAGCCCUUCUCUUCAAAAACAUUAUAGACGCAGAAGAAAAACUAUAGAAUCUAGUUCUAAUAUAAAUCCAUUACAAAGUAAGACAAAUAUAUUUAAUCAGCUGUCAUAUUUAUAAUUUGAUCUGUUUUUAAUAAUAGAGUGGCUUCUAUUUUUCGGUUUUCUCCACAUAAUAUGAUAUACUAUAAUUCUUUAACCAAAUUAAGUUAAAUAAUUCAUUAAAUCUGAUUAAUUAGAUUUACUGGACAAGCCAUUUGAGUUGUAUUAAAAAGUUAGUUAAAUAAAUGUUUAUACAACUAUAUAUGUUUCUAUAAUGUACUAUAUGAUUUUUAAUCAAUUUUGUUAAUGUAUUUAUGAAAUUUUAAAAAUAAAACAAAUGUUCUAUUUUAGAUAUUCAAGAUGGUUUUCAGUCAAGAAGUUGUCAAAUACAAACAUUAUAUGUGAACUUUAGAGAUCUCGAUUGGCAGGUGAAUAAUUUAUUUAAUUAUAAAUUAGAAUCAUAAUGGGUUAAUAAAAAAAAAAUGAUUAGCUUAAAUAGGAAAUUGUUCAAUGCUAAUCACUUUUAUGAAAUUACCAUUUUUAGUGUUGAUUAUCAAAAUUACUAAGAAUAAUUAAUUAUUUUAAAAUGAUGCCUGUUAUUUUUGUUUUAUUGUGUUCAGUUCUUACUAGAUGCAUUACGUUGGGUCCAAAUUAGAGCAAAUUUGUGUGUUAUCAAGUUAGGAAUAUUUUGAAACUGUAUAUUGUGUGUCGUGUGUUGUAUUUUGACACUCAGACAAUGCAGAUUACUAAACAUUGUAUUGUAGUAAUAUUCUGAUGAUAAAAUAAACAAACUGAGCAAAACAAAAUGCUUUGAUCAUAUGGGUUGUACAACACAAACACAAGCAUAUCUCACCCAGUCCAAACUUGUCUAAUUUUUGACACACACACACAUGUUUCUCAAAAUUCAAAAUACAAGGCACAUACAAAUUUGCUUUAAUGUGGAUGCACCUUUAGGUUUGUAAAAAAACUAUUUACAUCUAAUUGUAUUUAUACUGUUUACAUAAACACACAAACAAAUGUUUAACUAAUUACAACUAAUAUUGUGGAGAUUUUAACUAACUUUUCCACCUUCAAUAUUUGUAUUUAUUUUAACUUUAAGAAUGCUAUUACCAAAAUGGUAUAUAGUAUAAACACUAAUAGUUCACAAUUAUAAUUAAUAUUUUUUUAGGAUUGGAUUAUUGCACCAGAUGGGUACAGUGCAUAUUAUUGCACCGGGGAAUGUAAUUUUCCACUCAAUGCACAUAUGAAUGCCACCAAUCAUGCAAUUGUUCAAACACUUGUACAUCUUUCAAGACCAUUGCAUAUACCUAAACCCUGUUGUGCUCCUAAUAAAAUGGGACAACAAGCUGUGCUGUUCUUUUUAGAAGAUAACAAUGUUAUACUAAAAAAAUAUAAGAACAUGAUCGUUAAAAGUUGUGGAUGCCAUUAGUAAUAUUUAUUUAAUUGAAUUAUUAAAUUUAUUUUUGCUAUAAAUAUUAUUAUUAUAGAUACUAUAUAAUGGAUAGGCCAUAUUGGUAAUUUGAGUUCUUUUAUUUUCUGUUUCAUACUAAAAAUGUAAUUAUUUUAAUAUGGAGCUUACUCAUGCAGACAUUGCUGAGUAGGAGAAAAGAUAUUGUUUCUCCUUUGUUCAUGAACAAUUAACUGGUGUAUACAAUGUAUAAAUGUCCUAUUCAUUAUAAUGUUAUCCAUGAUUAUUAGUGAUGUUAUGAACUACCAUUUUAAAUUUUGAACAUAAAUUUGAUUUUAAUUUUUCUUAAAACUAAUAAACCAAAACCUACAUUUUUUAAAUGUGUUUUUAAAUUUAUAAUUUAUUGACAGUUAUUGGUAUGCAUAUUUUACAAAUUAAUACCUGAUAUGAACCAUAUAAUAUAAUAAUAAAUUGCAUUAUUUUUUUGUAUGAUCCUUCAAUUAGUUUGGUUUGAUUUUCAAACUAAAUUGGUUUAGUUUGUAACAUCACUGUACUUUAUACAUUUCAAAUUUGUAUAUUUAAAAGACUCGAUUAUUUUGUAAUUUUCAUUUUAAAUAUUUUUUUGUAUAUCUUCAAUUUAAGUUUAUUGUUAAAUAUUGUAUAUUUUUACAUCACAUCACAUUGAUAAAUGAUUAUCAAUUUCCAAAUGUAGUAUUACUUUCAAUAGUAAAUAUUUUUGUAUAUUAAUUAUUGAAUCUAUUAAAUAUAUUUAAUAAUUCUUUUUAUACUAUAAAUACUUUGAUUAAUUAUUUACCAC